CUUGUCCCAAAAUGGCUGGCAAAGAUAGCAAGAAGUCCUUGCUGGCCACCUCUGGGGGUGGAAAAGUCGGAAAAUCUUACGGAAGCACCAAGAAAUUCACAGUCCAAGAGCGAUACUUCACUCACCAAGUAUCUCCGAGCGACACACUUCAAGGAAUUUCCCUAAAAUAUGGCGUUACGAUGGAACAGAUAAGAAGAGCCAACAAGCUGUACACCAAUGACAGCCUCUUUCUCAGAAAAACACUGAACAUCCCUGUGACGGAACCUCAACCCUCCACUUCCACCUCAUUGGUCAAUGGAUUGGGCCAGUCUGACAUUCUGCCCAAUCACAGUGCAAUAUUAGGAUCACCACCAUUCAAACCAACCAAUCAGGACAGACCAACAGAGGAUGUUCCGAUCAAUGGAAGUAGAGACACAGAAUCAACCAAUCAGGCAUCAGAUAAAGAUGAACCAGUAGCCAAUGAGAGUAAAGGAGCAAGUGCAGCCUCUUCUGGAGUAACCAAUAAGGAUGAAGCAUCUUCAGUGACAGAUUUCCUAAAGAAGUUGGACUUGCAGAUAUCAGAAAGGAAAAGUGCAGUACAAAAACUGAGUGAAAAUAAAAGUGAUUUUGACCUGGACGGCUUUGGAGCGGCGAUGGAUCCGUGGUCAGCCUCCAGUUACCAAAGAAGGAGAACCAACAGCACGGACGAACCGUCGCUGUACUUCAAGAAGUCCAAAGGCAGGAGGAAAGGCUUCUUGACGUCCAGUCACACCAGUGGGAUGCUGGACCAACUGGACAAGGGGAACUCGGACGAUCUCUUUCAGUUGUAGACAACAGCAAACUCUAGUUAAAAAGCC